AAAAGGAUCUAGGGAGGGCAGGGCACAAAGGCCCCCGUGGGCCGUGUCCUCUGGACUGGACCUCACAGACAGAGGCGCCCGUGUGACAGGAGAUGGACGGUUGGAUGUGGAGAAGUGAAGUGCUGUGUAGUUUCAGGCAAGGAAGGGAGGAAAAAGCAAAGAAAUGGCAGCUUUUCCCCCCACUUUUUCUCCUCCACCAAGUCAAGUCUGGACUGGAACGUGUUCAGAACAGGAAGAGCAGAGCAGAGCAGAGCAGGUGGUGGAGUUUGCAGACAUAAAGCCACUUUCCCUUCCACCCCACACUUUCUCUUUCAUUUACCCGACUCCCCCCAAAUUCAUGUUGAGGAACGUUUUGGUCCUUUAACUAGGUUUUUGCGACAUUCCAGUCCUACAAGGUAAAGUAAAUAUCAACGGACUCUGAUCCAUGGAGACUCGAGAGUAAGAAUUCUGAAAGAUCAUGUGAAAAUUGAAAUAUCAUUGUCA